GUCAAGUGGUCCAAUCUUAGAAACAAUUUCACAGAGAGAAAGGUUGAAGAACAUCCAUGGCAUACCUCGUACGAAACUUGAAAUUGCUGAUGACCAACUGUUCCUUUUCCAAAACUUUAGCGUCUCAAAUCUUUCGAAAAGCAGCGAACCCAGAAAGUUCCGCUUUGCUUAUUAUCACGUUUCGUAACUUCAGUGCGUUUCAUUCCUCAACUUGCUCGUAUCGUUCUUUCGCAUCAACUGCUGUUAAAUCAGACAAUCGCAUGGUAAAUCAUCAAGGGUUCCAGGAGUGGAGUAGUGGCGGUGGCUUGUGUCAUAACUCGGCUUGUAUCGAUCCCACAGCAGUUGUCGAGAUUGGUGCUGUUGUCCACCCAAGAGCUACUUUGGGUGCAAAUGUUCAUGUUGGAUCAGGGGUUGUGGUUGGACCUAGUGUCACUGUGGGUCAUUCUACUACACUUGGGUACAAUGUUGCAUUGAGUAACUGCUCCGUAGGCGAUUUGUGUGUUAUUCACAGUGGAGUAUGCAUUGGGCAAGAUGGAUUUGGGUUUUUCGUAGAUGAACAUGGUAACAUGGCAAAAAAGCCUCAGACACUUUACGCAAGAAUAGGUAAUCACGUGGAGAUAGGUGCAAACUCAUGUGUUGAUAGGGGAAGCUGGAGAGACACGACAAUAGGGGAUUACACCAAGAUAGAUAAUCUAGUCCAGGUAGGACACAAUGUAAUCAUUGGAAAGAGUUGUAUUCUGUGUGGACAAGUUGGAAUUGCAGGUUCAGUGACGAUUGGUGACUAUGUUACAUUCGGUGGCAGAGUUGCAGUUCGUGAUCAUGUCUCUAUCGUUUCGAAGGUCCGCCUUGCCGCAAAUAGCUUGGUCACAAAGGACAUCAAGGAGCCUGGAGAUUAUGGUGGCUUUCCUGCUGUUCCAGUCCAACAAUGGCGCAGACAAAUGGCCGCUCAAAGUUUGAACUGUAAGAAAGACAUAAAGAGCUCUUGAGAUUAUUACAGCUGCUAUUUCGAAUAUGGAUGCCUGUGUUCUUUGGUUGAAACUUGAAAUAGAUAUCAUGGUUAAGAAUAUCUGUUAAUGUGAGCUCCUUGCUUGGUGGAGCUGCUAUGGGAGAUUAAGAGUUCUAUUUAUUAUGAACACUCCGUAUGAUGCAAUUGUUGCUUUCGAGAUGAAAUUGGCUGAUGCCAUUUUUCGGCUGUUGAUGAUUUCUGUUGCCCGUUUUGAGAUAUGGAACUAAUAUUCGUUUGAGAGGGUUUUAAGAUGCAGCUUCUGAAACUCCUGAAGGAAGCAGCAUGCAGUCUACAAUAUGACCCAGUUUCUUGUUCUUCGGAGAAUGGGCUGUUCUUAAAGACAGACUGACUGAGUAAUCUAUUUUCCUCAUUGUGGGUUCAGACUUCAGAGGUACAGUGUUCUUUUUUAUUUUUUUAUAGCAGUGAAAUCACGAAUAUGUUGAAUAUUAUGUAUUGAUCUAAAUCUGGAGGCUUUUCAAUUGAAAAGCUUAUUUACAGGCUUUCAGAAGUAAAUUGCUUACUUCAAUGAGGUGUAAACUGGAUUUAUACAUCAAUACAUGUAACAUGUCUGCUAUAUAAAGCGGUUUUUCUGAAUAAUUUUUAAUAAUAUCUACUAUGUUCUCCCUGUUA